AUGUUCUACAUCAUGUACCUGACAGGACUCGCCACGGGCACAUACGGAUGUACCGUUCGCGUUAACAACCGAGAAUACACCACGGACGUCGAUUACGAAACGGACGAGCUGGCCCGUAAUGCAGCAGCCACGCGGGCGUACAUGAUCUGCAGGAACUUCUCUGUCAACGAUGGCAUGUACCCCGGCCAACGACAAGGCCAGGGAGGCGUCAUUCAGGGGCUUCCUGUGGCGAUUGGGACUGGCCGACGAAACACGUACUCGUCUAAUACCGACUACGACAGCGGGAGCAGCACAUAUGCGGAAACUGGAAGCGGCGGUAACAGCCCCAGAAGCAGUGACUGCGGACUCGAAUCGGCCAGCAGGAGGUCCAGCAAGUCGUCGACUUCUGGAUCCUGCUACUGCGGCCGAGGGGCCAUCCGAGCAUACGAGAGGUGCAACUCUUGCCUGCGAGAGAGCGGCUACAACUAG